GCCACGAGAUAAGGAACGAGCACGCAAGCAAGCAAGCCCGGUGCAUGCAACCGAGGUUCUAGAAGCCCGUUGUGCUCGGUUCGUCCUCCGCCGCAUACUCUUCGCACCUCAGAGGCCCCGCUUCUAAGCCCUAUAGCACGUCUUCUCGCCGUCUCGUUGAGUCAUCUGGGGCCAUUACGGUCGCGUACGGCCAUUUCGGCGCCGAGGAAGAAGACGACGGAAGGGGGGCCGUCUGCGUGCCACCGCAUAUGUGUGGCAUCGGCUUUCACCACCGCCGAGCCACCAUGGCGGCUCGCCGCCCCAACCGCUAGGCCUGACGCCGGAAGCCGUGUGGGCGGUGAGCAGACGAUCGAGGAACUCAAAACCCUGAAGUUCGCGCGACCAAGCCGUAUACCCGGAGCAUCCGCGAGUACCUAUCUGCGAAGAAACAAAAUUAUGGCGUCCGGCGCGGGCGGCCUCCUCCUGCAAGUCGGCUUUGCGGCAGCGCUGCGGCGCCGGCGGCGGAAGUGAGCCCUCGCGGACGCGGCGACCGCAGCGGACCAGCCCCGAGCGGCACCGCGCGCACGCACACGGCUUUGCGGGCCGCUCUUGUUUUCGUCGAGACCCGGGCGAGACACCGAGGGUAGUGGCUGCGAGCCGUGCUCGUCGCUAGGCCUCACGACGCCCGUCUCCCGUCUCCCGAGCAACGCACCCGUGUGCCAACUGCGCGCACACACUGGCGUUCAUGGUUAACCGUGACAGGCGACCGGCCGGUCUUGACUUUGACGGCGACGGCGACGAGAUGAAGAGGGCGAAGCUGCCGAAUGACUUGACUUCGUCGCAGGACGACAGAUGACGUGCACCACAGAUGGCGACCGCAGGAGUGAACGGCGCCAUGGCACGGUACCGCUUCUUCUCAAGGCUGAUGAACCCUCGGCCGACUGGGAACGAGCCGUACGUGCCAACGGAGGUGGAGCACGUGGCCAACAUCAUCACGCACGCGCUGAGCAUCCUGCCAAGCUUCUUUGCUCUCAAGUUCCUGCUCCAGCGCGCCCACACCCCGGCACACCUGACGGCCGCCGUGGUGUACGGAAUCGCCCUGGUCUUGCUGUUCGUCACCUCGUCGCUCUUUCAUUCCAUACACUUCCUCGGAAAGCUCAGAACUCUCAAAAUGAUCUUACACCGGUGCGACCGUGCUGCCAUCUACAUCUUCAUCGCGUCGGCCUACACGCCCUGGCUGCUGCUACGCGAGUACAGCUCGUGGGGCCAGAAGCAGCUGUACGUUGUUUGGUUCCUCUGCGUUCUAGGCAUCACCUACCAGAACAUAUUUCACGAGAGGUACAAAACUCUCGAGGUGCUCAUCUACAUAGGCUCAGCCUUGUUUCCCGCUUCCGCAACAUUUUCGAUGCGGCCUCUGACGGGCCUCAAGGAGCUGCUGUUCGGCGGCCUGCUCUACUUCGUGGGAGUGGUGUUCUUCAAGUCGGACGGCCGCGUACCGUUCGCGCACGCCAUCUGGCACCUGUUCGUCAACGCGGCCACGCUGGUGCACUACCACGCCGUGUACCGGUACCUCUUCCGGGCCGCCCAGGUCGCCCAGGCCACGCAGGCCGCCCAGGCCGCCGCUGCGCACGAGCACCACGACUAGCGGUGGUCGCCGGAGAUGCGGUGGUGACGGUGACACCCGACGAACCGUCGUGUGAUCAGGCGCGCCGUCCAGCGGACCAUUCCUCCGGAACUGGUCUCGUAACGCCGACGGCUGCUGCGGUUCCCUCAACAGGAUCAUGGCUUCGCUCGGGACCGAUUUCUUCCACGCCUGGUCGUGUCCCGGACCCACGCCUGCACGAGGAGCUGUCGUCUCUUCUGUAUGGUUCGUGGACUGGCCUAUGUAGGCGACUAUAGCUUCUUGUUGCCAGGGGUACAUGCUGUUCAGGUCUGGACCAGGUCUGUACGGAGGCAGUCGUCUCCGGGACUCCUGCUGGCCCAUGACAAGCUUUCUUGUCUCGAACCGGUCCUCCGCGGGGCUGGUCUUGUCCAGGACGGAGCCUUUGUCCUUUCCAGGACCGAUGCUGACUUCAACCACGAGCUCGCUAUCCUGGUCAGGAUUGUGGCUCCCUCCCAUCCGGGACCGGCAUUCUACUGGACUGACGUGGCUCUGCAGUGGCGGGCAUUCUUUCCAAGACUGAAGAAGUUCUGCAGGACCAAUGCACUCCGCAAGAUUAACCGGUGACCUCGCGACUGAUUGCCCACUAGAUGUAGCCGCCGGGUGUCUAUAUAAGGGCCGCGUAGAGAUUAACAGCGGCGAUUACUGUUUACAAGGGAUACGCCGCGUGGCGACAAUGAUCUCAGCUCGAGACUGCUUCUUUUUUGUUUGUUUUUCAACGGGGCGAGCGUAAUGGCUGUGAUUUCAAAAAUAGAAGGGUUCAGCGGGGAUGACGACGAUGACGUUUUGAAUAGAAAUUGUGCGCUGUUGUUUUAAGUGCGUGUGAUGUGCAAAAAGCCGGCGGGUUCUGCGUAGAAGCCGAAGUUAGAAGAUAUACGAGUAUUUGCCGCACUCUGCAGUCACCGAAUAAGGUGUCCCAUAAGGGUCAUAAUAUGAACACCUUGUGUGCGUCUUUAACAUGUACAACUGGAGGCAUGCUUUGAACUAACGACAUUGCUCUCUAUAGCCACCAUCUCUAAUUGUGAGAGAGAAAUCGCACACCCCAGGCGUUAGGGUGCUAUAAUAUAUAUAUAUAUUUUUAAGGAGCUGAUUCGGGCCAGUGCAAAGUCGGGUUCUCGGACGACAACAUUCGGCAAUGUUAAUUAACGUGACGUAACAGUGAACGCUGUGGUAUGACGUAGUGGAGGGAAGUAUUUGAGUAUUGAGGGCACUGGUGUUUCUGCUGCUCGUCGCAUCGAUGCACGAUGCGAUGCGAUGCGAUGCGAUACACACGAUGCGAUGCGGAAGAAGAGAGAAAAUCGGCCUUGGCGAAGUAAGAGAAAUCAUAUAAACAUGCAGAAAUAAAAGAAAAAAAGAAAAGCCAGACGGCAAAUAGACUUUUUCGUAGGCGCUUCUUCCUCUUCAAGCUGUCUUAAUACGACAAAAAGAAAAAGAGGGAGAGAAAAUGCGUCAGAUAAAAAGCGUAUCCGUCUGGUCCUCUGGUUUUGUCUUUGCGUUGUGAGUAAUUACAAAGAGGCCUGUUCACAAGCCUAAAACUCGAUGGCUCGGCAGUUAGUACACCACGUCCGUUUUCAAUGGUUUGUAGCUGAUCGUCAUACACCAAGAGCAACAUUCCCGAAAGUUGCCGUUUCAGAAGACGGCGUCAGCUUUAUUAUGCACGACUACUUUAUAGUCGCGAUAUUCUCAAUGAGAGCCUUUAAGGGGACACUAAAAGAACUCAUGUCAGAUUGGUGGAUUAUGCUUUAGAUAGAGAAAUCACUAAUCAAGGAGGGUAAACGAAUUUGGCUGAAUUCCGUAGCGUUGAUAAUUCCAGGUGUGACGUCAAGCAUUUGAAAGUGGAGCUUUCAAAAACAUCUAGCGCAAAAAAAAACAUACAAAAUUAUUUCAUAGAUUUUAUGUGAUGCAGUGCAAUUCCACCCCCCCCCUCCCCAUUUUUAACAUGACCAAAGAUUCUCGACCAAAUGUCUUAGUAUUAUGCAUCACUGGAAUCUCUUUCAUGGCUCUGAUAAUGUUACUGCCCCUAUUUUACGGUGUUCUUGAUUUUAUAGAACUGUGAGCUAGAGUUGCCGGUAAGAGCCAGCCAUCUGGUACUCUGAGAUAAAAGAAAAUGUAAUGUGCUAGUGCGUCUUGAGGAACCUAAAAGAUGAAAAAUAUAAGUUAAGCAGUACUAGUAAAUUACGUGAUACAAAACCAAAACAGUCACUCUUACCGUGGGAGAGGCUCGCGAAAGCCAGACAAGACGCAAGGACAAAACACAGCUGGCGCCGCCGCCGUGAAUUUCCCGCACUAGUUCGCCCAGACGUCACGGAUUUUGACGGCGACUGCUUGGGGCUAGUUAACUGCGUGAAGAAUAAAAACAUGCUGCAUUGUAUCCCAAAGAAGCCGAAGACUGAACUUAGCAAGUUUCGAUAACGUUUACUGCGCCACAGAAAGGCCCAAAUACGAGAAAAUACUUUCAAAUCUGUGACGUCACACUGACGUAUACGACGCUGAUAUUUCGGUGCGAAAUUUAACAUAAUCUUUUUUUCUUUUAGUGCGAACCUCUUACCGUUAAAUUAACGAAAACAGAGUCUUUAGAGGAUGCGUUGUCACUGUAAACUGGUGUUGCUAUUUAGUGUCCCUUUAAUGUGCAUUCAUAGCUAGGCGCGUUGCUACAAGUUGCGGCUACCAUGACACGGAGACAAGAUACUCAGCGCGCGUCCGGGCUCAAAGAUUAAAGACGUCUUGCACAUACUAGAAAGCUAGAACCACAAUGCCAAAGCGUGCUAAAAGAAAGAACGACUAGCUAGAGACGACUUGCCCAAGGCGAAUACGAUCUCAGGCGUACAGCUUCCGACUUAAGCUAUGCAACGCAUGCCUAGUUAUAAAGUCACGAAAGAGAGUGAAGAAAUCGGGAAGCACACUAUUUUUUACGGUGCUCAGUCCAAAGGGGGCGCUCGUGCGUGGUGCGAUGCACGUGUUUUACAUGGUGCGAAGAUGAUGUCCUAAGUGCAGCCUUAAUGACAAUGUUCUGAGAAUGAAUGGGGCUGCCUGGACAGAACUAGGCGCUCUAGCCGCGUUAAAAGAUGUGAGUAAUGAUAUUGGUAUGAACUCGUCCUAAGCCUCACGUACGUACAAGGACGUUGACUUGAUGAUUGAUGCCUUGUCGACGCGCAUGCGCAUACGCAGCCUCAGUGAUUUUCAUGUGCGCCAAGGAAAGAGGCUUCGUGAAGUAUUACAGGGUUGACGCGCCGGGCUUACGAAGCGACAACCACAUGGAGCGUAGUUCGGGCGUAUCUCACGCGCAGUUUCGCCGUGCGCGUAUCACGGCACGCCAUGAACAAGGCGAAACAGCAGUUUAAAUGCAUUUCAUGCAGCUUCUGAUUAAGCGGCAGCCACAUCGCAGGCAUUUCGUAUCACACGUGGGCGAUAGCGUGGGUCGCAAUACCGACGCUGAGAAACAGCGCGUGAGAUGCGCGUGAAGUACGCUUCAUGUAGUUGCCGUUUCGAGCUGCGAGUCGUUCUAAGAAUACGGGUGAGAGGUGAUGUAGCGGACGUUUGCUUAGAGCUACGGGGACAUACGAGAGAAGUUAUCUCAGGAACGAAGACUGAUGGCUAUAUACUCUUAUCACAGUGCUAUAAGGCGACUUAGAAGCGGAUCUCGACGUCAUCAUUUCUUCGAAUUAUAGCCUCCGAGAUUGGUCGGCGCAGAUUUCGUGCUUAUACCAUGCAUGUAUACGAGUAUAUGUACACCGACAGAAAGAUAUAUGCGAGCUUUAGACGCAGUAAGGGGGUGGAUUGUGCGUGUGGCAGGUGCGACUGAAUGGAGCUCUCACAAUGAUAGGCGAAGAGUAACAUCGCCUCCGGUUGUCCUCGAUGUGAGUGACAACUAUCAGUAGAGAAAUAGUGCAGACCGAGACAACGUGAUAUGCAGCACACAGGACAAGGUGUCGAUUAAAAUUUAAUCUCGAACCCGCUAGCUUUUGACCAAUUAAGUGACCAAUUGGUCGCUCGAAAGAAACGCGCGCAGUACGCAUUGUACGGUUGCACUUUACGAUCCCAGCUACUGUAAAGAAGGCGCAUACCCUCUUGUGCCCAUUCGCUAUCAGUUGAGGCUUGCGCUUUCGCUGUUACGGUAUGUAACGUUAGCGUUCUACCGUUACAGCUGCCGAUACCGCCUGCCGCUGGCUGUGCAUGCGCAAAGAGAAGAAAAGGGUAUCUGUAAAUCGGCAACGCCAGGCUUAUUAUUAUAAGAUGAAGACUGAGAUUCACUCUAAGAUGAAUAGAAACUUAACAAUAGUCGAAGAAGAGAUGUCACUGGGACCAACGUUUCGACAAGGGGACAUUGUCGCCCCGACGAAGCAAGUCCGCUUGUCGAAACAUUGGCUUUAGCGAACAUCACUUGUUCUAGCAUUGUUAGUCACUGUUCUCUAUGAGUGCAGUAAACGAACAACGCGGUAUGUGCGCAGUUUUCCAGCACGAGCAUACGCAAGUUCGACUACUUGGUUCGCAGUCAACAUGGCGUACAGAGCAGACGGCGGAUUACGUGAUCGUAGAGUUACCGUUUGUAUAGACUCGAAGGAACACGGCGUACAGAGCAGACGAGAGAUGACGUGAUCGUAGAGUUGCCGUUUGUAGACUCGAUGGAAUGGUUUUCCCUUGAGCAUGGUGGUAACACGAUUCCAGUCAUAACGUGCGGGCCGAGUCGAUGAAUAAGUGUUUGCCACGUCCAAAUGCGACGCUUCUCGGCGAACAAUAUACAGGGUGUGUAAGUGCACAGUCAGUGCGUGAAUGAUAAAGUUAUGUAUAGACUCUGCAACGUCUAAGAAGGAUACCCCCCAUGGAGGAAGCAAAAAAGACUAGGAGGAAACGUCCCGUGACAAUAUUGAAGCGUAAGUAGAAAAUAGAAAGGGAACGCUUGUUGGAAAUAGGUCUUCGCCUCUUGAUAGACAAGCGGUAAUUUCUAGCCGCCGGGCGCGAGGAGAGUAUGGGCGAGAGUGGAGCGCAGAGCGGGUGGCAAAGGCCGAUCCUGACGAGAACGUCACUAAACAACACGGCCUCCGAGAUUGGGUGGCUCGGAGGCCGUCUUAAAAGUUACCACGAACCAAUGUCCUGAAAAGUCAGGAAACUUUGGAGGGUCUCCCCUCCCCUGCCUCCUUCCAAAGGGAGGAAGGGGCGACGUCAUGGGAAGUUGGCUCGCUGAGGCUAGCUGACUGACGUCAUGCUCCCAACUAGUUUCUUAUCUUCCUCCAUGGCUAUCCACGAUGGUACUCGCACUCCGUAUCUCGAAACAGCCCUAGAGGUGCACGAUACUCGACUUAACUGCCUUACCGUGCCAAACACACUUAAGCAAGCGCUUUCUCGUAGUAACACUUCAGCCAAAGAAACUUGUGUGUGCGAAGUCAAAUCUCUGAAAGCAUGUUCACUCCCUUUGCUCACUUCCUCCCGACACCCCAGAAAUCGACGCAAGCUGUCGCCUAUAUACACCUAGCAGCUCCAGCUUUUCUUAUUUCCUUUCCCCCUUCCGCAUUUGUUUCUUUUACAAACGCUGCCAAGUACAAAAUACAGCUGCACAACCGUCGGUUGAUACUACUCGCGUUCUGCAUUUUUAUUAUUUUUUUUGUCCUCGACUAUGCCAAACAAACCGUUGAGCGAUUUUCGUGACCGUAGGUGUAGAAAGUCCCAAGUUGUUGUUUCCGAAAGUCACGUUCCUCUUAGCAUGCCGCUCAGGUGCUGUCGAACGCUUAAGUGUGUGGUGCGAAUUGUGAACAGAAGACACACGUGUGUAGAUGGCAAGCGGCAUAUAUAUAUAUAUAUAGGCUUAAUUAUUUCGGUGCGAUGGUGCCGCAACGAGUGCUUACCAGGACAAAAGUAGAGUUUUAGCUAAACGUAAGCGUGUAACUUCGGGCGUGUUCUUGCAUUAUAGUAAACCAGCGCGCAGUACAUAAAUACGACAGAAGACACCGGGAGACGAGAGCUGAACGUUUUCGUCUGCAUCCACAGAUGUCGUCUGCCAAGCAGCUAUGCACUAUAUUUAGUGCAGCUUACCGCGCCUAUAGACUUGUUACGGUAAUUCCGAGUCGCAAGGUAGCAGAGUUUGAACCACUGCUUUGUGGAAAUGAAAUCGCCGUCAAAAUUAUACGCCAGCGGCUAAACUGUAACUAUUCACAAUCUUCGAUCACUAAGUCCUAUACACACUCUCGUGACGCCACAAGUGUCGUCGCCAGAGCAUCCGUUCGUGUAACGUUUAGCUAACUCCCUAUAGUGUACUGUGUUACAGCAUUUUUAACAUUGAAGUGUUCCGUUUCAUCCUUCGCGCGCGACGUUUGUGUGUCUCGAUGCCCGUUUCUCCGCAAACAGUCGCGUGUUAAAAGCAAAAUAUGAGAACAUAGCAACGCAAACUCUAGUCCUUGGUAGUAUAUAUAGCGUACUAGAAUAAUAUUCUGGCACGCCGCUUUGGUAGCUAUAUAUACAAGGUGCUUUGAUAUGCGCUAGGUGAGCAGUGCAGAGGGCCGUCGAAAUAGCAGGUCAAAUUAUUUUCCCGUACCAGAAUUUCGGAGGCGCACGCAAUGAGGCAUAGUAUAAGCUCAGCUGUCACAUGAACGCAUGCGUGCCAUGCACGACUGAAACACUAACGGGACAAUAUUCAAAUGCAAACACACAUGCACGUGAGAGAUGUGCUGGUAUUGUUCAUGAAUGUCUAACGAAGUUGCCGAUGGUUCUUUAUUCCCGUACGAAAGAGACGCGCGUAUACUCGCCUUAGGGAGCUCAUGGCAACGGCACAAAUGUUCGUACUCAAACACGAUGUCCUACAGUUCAUUUCUGAAUUAUCUCGCUCGAGUUUCAUAUUUGUCCAUGCGUGCGCACAUACUGGAUGCCGCGAUCCCACUUAUAAGUGGCCUUCAAUCUAGCCUGUAGGCCCUGCCUCAAAGACGCACUAAAGAUAAAAAAUUACUUGAGCUGUAUGAGUAACUUGUCCAACCACAAUAUCAAAAAAGAAGUCACUCUUACCGCAAGAAGAGGCUUAGCAAUGCGGAAAAUAGGUGCAAAAGCGAGCGACAGGUGGUGCUGCGGCCUCGAAGUUCCGGCAGCAGGGAAAGUUCCGAAGUAGGGAAAGUGACAAAAAACGGGGACGUACAAAAGCAAAGUUCGCAUUAGGGGAUCAGAAAAUGUGGUUGUGGGAGUUGAUAGUGUUUUUUUUUCUUUUUUAACUUGGGUAGGAAAUUAGGCAGUAUAAUAGUAAGGGCUUGGUGGCGCAACCCACUGCCCCGUUCCAAAGGAGACGCUCAUAACAUCCAUCCACCCAUCUGGCACCAGCUCGCCGCGACGUUAUGGUGGCUAGCGACGUCAUAGAUUUGACGGCUUCUUGCUCGAGCCAAUAGUUAAUUUUGUGCUGGUAUGGGCAACAUUGUGUUCUAAAACAGCCAAGGACUGAACUACGCUGGCUUCAAGAACUUACCCCGGACCACAAUCUUCCAAAUGCGAAAAAGAAAAUCCUUUAAAUCCGUCACAUCACGCUGACGUGCCGGUACUCGAGAUCUGAGGCGAAAUUAAAAACAAGGAAUGAUAAUCUUCAUCUGCACUUUUUUUUUGUAAUCAACACGUGACGAAAUUAACGGAGAUAGUUUUGAAAGGAUACUUGAUCAGUCUAUUGCGUUUCGCUUUAUACUGCCCUUUCAAUCGUCAGCACUUCACUGUGGCAACGCGUUGCCGUCAUGGUGACGUCUGCUGCACUGAGCGUCCGACUAUACGAUUCCGACUUAAACAGUGAGCACAUACAAAAUAACAUACGCACCGUCGGGGCAUGCGCAGACGCGUUUACGAAGCGAAUGGCCAAUUAGAGAUUAUGGAACCCUUUGGUAGCGAACACGCUCUAUAUAUAGGAAAGAACACACACACAAACACGUACUUUAGAACUUAUAUGCGCCAUAGAAAGCUUUAGCGAGAGAGCGUGCAUCUUUUGCGAGUGAAGUUAGAUAAAUUGAACAAAUUAACAGGUUUAACACAAGCACUGCGCAUGCUUGAGUUUAGUCUAACGACACUGCAUUGCCUGUUCGUUGUAUAACCAAGAAAGCGCGUUAGACGACUGAGAAUAACACAGCACCGGCACUUCUGGAAGCAGUGGUUUUUUAGGCCUAGCUCUUGGGCGGCGUGCCUCGGUGCAGGGGCGAAGCAUUUAUCGCGUACUUCUUUCUUCGCACACAUUUUAAGUGUGCGAAAGCACGAGUUUGAUGUUUUAUCGUUAGUCCUUGAGGAGCUCGGCCUAAUGUGUUAUACCGAUGGAUAUUGUUGUAACGAUACCAUAAUUACCCGCGCAUCAUGCAUUGCGGGGCGCAGACGACGUGAGACAGCAUUCACGCAGUUAUAGAUGCAGAUAGGGACCAUCGGUGCUAUAGACUGUACGAACAGCUUCUUUACUGUUGCGGGCUAACCGUAACUAUAGGAGCUCGCCGCGAACCGUUUCCGUGUAUGCUGGGUAUACCCCGUGAGCCCUGAGAUAUAUACCGCGCAUGCGCGAAAAUUUCGCAGGCGGUCUUGCAGACGUGCUCCGAAAACUAUACCCCACAAUGGAAAUUUUUUUCGGACUUUGCGGUAACUUGGCUUCGACAUUCAGGGCAUCAUAUGAUAUAUAUGCACAAACUUCGAAACUUUUGAAUGGCAAUCUGGGGUGCAUAUGCAUGCUGUAGAGCGACGCUUAAUUAUCUAAGAACCCGGUUACAUCACUUUCACCGGGCGGUUGGCACUGUAACCACAGAAAACUUCAAAGCAGCAACCACACGACGCGCAUUUCCGGCGUGUAUUAAGCGUACAACGUCGCCCGGCACUGACGCGUCCAUUUUUUUCGGCGGAGAAUGAUAGUGCUGUGUUCCCGGGACAAGAGCUGCGCCACAGUGAUCAAAGUUUGCAGAUAGCUCGUGGUGCGCAUUUCAGCGACGAUAAACGGCGUGGAUAGCGGGCAACGUGAUGCGAACCCGCUUACGCCUAAAACACGCCGGAAAUACGCGCUCCGUGUAGCUGGCGCGCGCUGGCGCUGAUGUAACGGCCACCUCAAUUGCGAUACAAAAAAAAGCGACAUUUCACGUCUGUGCGCCCUAAAUAGGCACUUCGUCCAGCCUCACUCCUUAGGCCUUGAAUCGAACCUCGUGUGCAAGUAACGCGAUGCUGUCACCAUUGAACAGAAACCGCGCAGCGUUGUCGCAGCCAGAAACUUCUUCGGGGGAGGAGGUAUCAAUUUGACCGGGGACGGAGAGGGUGAGCGGGGAGCACGGGGACUGGGCAUACAGGACCCACAUAAACUCAGAAAUUUGUGGGGAAGGGGCACGUGCCCUGUCUGCAACCCCACCCCUUGUCUACGCCACUGAACCGCAGUGAACUGAAGUUGACUCGGCCGCCUUUAAUGAUGAUUGUUCCACGCCCCUUUGCUCAUGCGUCGCACAUGACGUCGUGCCGAAUGCAGUGUUUUCGAAAUAAACGUGCUCUCUCAACUUGGCAGCGACGACGUCAUGACUCCACAGUUCCGAAAAUUUCAGACUGUCCCGAUUUGUGUCGGUUAUAGUUGCUCCGAACGGAACAUACAUAGCUGUACUCUAAUAAAGCUUAUUGAAAGAAAGAAA